AUUCCUGGGCAGGGAAGCGGAGAGAAAGGCGGAUCGCCUCUGCCACUCCCGCCCCCCUGCCCUCACACACGCACACGCUCACACGCGCACUGAGCUCAGGCCACCGGCCCAGGCAGCGCCGAGGGCCGGGGUUUCCCGUUCGGACCGGCAGCCCCGCACCUCGUACUGGGGGAAGCCGAGCUGCGCCACCCACUCAGCCACUUCCUCGGCGCUCCAGGUCAGGAAGGGGCAGACGGACCGCGGUCCCCCCGCGCCCUUGGGGUCAAGCUGUGGCCCCGAGGGACCCGGCCGCGGCUCCAUCCCCAGGCCACCACGGCAACGCGUCUUCCCGGGACCCCGUUACCGUGGCAACCAUCACUUCCGGGAGGUGUUCCCCCUUCUCCCUUCCGCCACUGCCUCCCUGCUGUCAGCCUGCGGCGCCGCCCGCGCCCCGCGGCUCUGCAGAACUAAAUGCUGAUUGGCUGCGUUGUCGAGGGGGGAGGCUGAGGCAUGAGCACCGAGGCGCCACCAUCUCCCUGCGGCCCGGCUCACACGCACUCGCUCGGGUGUUUCCGUCCCCCCACCCCCGCUCGGGUGUUUCCGGCCGCCCCGCUCCGGCCGCGCUCGGGUGUUUCCGGCCGCCCGCUGAGCCGUGCCCAUGUCGGACGCGCUCUUCGCCGCCGCCGGCGCGCGCUCCGAGCCCCCGGGCGGCGGCGCCGCGUCCCGGGGUCCCGCAGAAAAUGAAGACUCAGCCCAAAAGACAGAGAUUGCAGAUCAGCUAGUAGAUUCUUUGGAGUCCAGUACUUCGCAGAGCAGAAGGUCACAGGCUUGGGCACACCUGAGCACAAGCACAACAGAGCAUUCGAAGGAAGAAAUUGGCACUCUGGGGGACCAGAAAGUGGCUGAACUAGAAGAGAAGCUGCCUGACCAAAUCCGAUCUCUCAAAAAGGAAGCUGUUCCAUUAACCAGCUACCAUGUACCUCAGGGAGUAGGGGACAUAGUCAUGAUUCAGUCAGAUCACACUGGUGCUGUGGAUAUCCUUUCAGCUGAGCUGGAGACUGCAGACCUCCUUGGGGAGCAGAGAAAAGCUCAGCCUCCUCCUCUGGCUGCACCCACCAUGUGGACCACUGAGAAGAUGAAGGAAUUCAAAGCUAAGAUGGGAAAGGAGAAGAAUGGCAGGAUGGUGGUGAAGCGAGGCGAGGUGGUGACAGUCCGUGUGCCAACCCAUCCUGAGGGGAAGUGCAUUUGCUGGGAGUUUGCUACAGAUGACUAUGACAUUGGGUUUGGAGUCUAUUUUGACUGGACCACAGUUACUAGCACUGCCAUUACUGUUCAGGUCAGUGAAUCCAGUGAUGAGGAGGAUGAAGAGGAGGACGAGGAAAUUGAAGGCCUGUCCCCUGUGGGUGAUGUGGAGCGGGGUUCCAAGAGCUCCCUGCGCAGCCGCUAUGGAGAGAUCAUGCCUGUGUACCGGAGGAACAGCCACCGGGAGGUGCAGGCAGGCAGCCACGAGUACCCUGGUGAGGGCGUCUACCUGCUGAAAUUUGAUAACUCCUACUCUCUGCUCCGCAACAAGACUCUGUUCUUUCACGUCUACUACACUAGCUGAAGAAGAGGGAAGGGGCAAGGAUGGCAGGCAGGUGAUGGUGAGUGCAGCAGGCUGCCACCCAGCCCUGGUACUGCCUGAUGGGCACUGCUGUGUGACAGAACCACGGAGCAAUUCUGCCAGCUCUUCUUUGGACACAAACUGGAUUCUCUGCACACCCUUCUUCCCCACUGUCCCAGGGGAGAAAGGUAGCUGUGGCUGCCUGGUUGUUCCCAGGCAGCUGCUCUUUCUCUAAAAACUUUGAGAGGUCUGCUCCAUGCAGGCAUUGGGCUGGGCCUUCACAUCACAGCUGGCAAUUGCCCAGAAGCCACGUUCAGUGGUUGUGAUUCUGAUCUGUUGUGCUGGUACAAAAUGAAGUGAAAAUAAUCUGUUACUAUUUUGUGAAUAACUUUUCUAACUCUCCUGCUGCAUCUGCAUCACUAGGUGGCAGCUGUUAGCUUCAGUGAGCCAGAAGCACAGCUGGCUUGUCACUUAGCCAGGAUAACCCCAUCACCUACCAUCGCUACAGUCACCAGCAGUCAGUGCUUCCUUCACUCACAUGAGUGGGUGGGAGUGCAGCCCAUGCUGCAGUGGCUUGGCAGUGCUGCAACAGCUGGGCCCCAAAUAGCAGUUACAGCUCUUGUUUGAACAGGGGGUGGGAGCAGGGUGCACACCUCAUAGUCCACAGGAAGGCUUUUCUAUAGAUUAGGAAUUGGAUUUAUAUCUAUUGAUUGUAGACAUAUAUAGAUGAUUAAAGCCUCAGUGAUUUCCAGAAGUUUUUUCUGAAUCCAGAUGUAAAGCAGAAGACAUUACUUACUGCCCUGAAUGAAUACAAAAUGGUUGGAAUACAGCCAAUAAAUAUAGUAGCAGGAUGGUUUGCUGGUAUUGCAACUAUAUGUAGCAAGGAAAAAGCUUCCAGAGAAAUGUAGUUUGUCAGCUGCUAUUGCUGUUGCAAAGGUAUUGUUAGAAAGUUCCUUGGAAUGUUGCAGUGACUAGUGAUGGUAUUAGUUAUCACCUUCUGCUUAAGCAGUGGCUGAGUUGAACAAGGAGAAGUUAAUCCAUCAGAGAGGAAUUUUAAAACAUAUUUAUUUGUAACUGUUGUUUAUUUUAAUAUUUUUAACUUGAAAUUGUUCUCUUUUCUAAGAAUACUGCUGUAUUUACAUUUUGAUACCUCUUUGCACAGGCACAAAAUGACUUUCCAUGAUGAUACUAGAAAAGUUCUGAGUUUUAUUUUUAAAUCAUCCAGGUAAAGCACCUCUAUUUGGUCCAUUCCUUCCAUUGAGAGGAAAUGAUGGACAGAAUUAUUUGGGGUAGUUAAAGCCAAAGAUUUUGCUCUCGUAGGAGGGCUGCAUAUUUUGUAUUAAGGGUAUAUUGUAAUGCUGUACAAUCUGCUCUAUAGUCAGGCUUACUCCUAACCAUCUCUGCUUAGUGAUUCACUGCUCCAGGGCACUUAGCAGGUCAAAAUGGUAAGAGAGGAAGCAGUCAGUCUACAGUAGAGCAGCCCAAGCUGUGAGCAGGAGGAGUGGAAAUUGGAAGAGCACUGCUUGGAGCACAGUGGCUUUCUGGGGGAGUGGGCAAGGAGCAGUGUUGUUGCUGCUUUGGGCCCUGAGAAGGGGAGAAAACAGUCACCUUCCUCAUAAGAGAGUGUGUAUUCACCGGGGUGGGGGGAACUGCAAAGCUGCCAUAGUCAAGCACAGGGAGACAGAGCAAUAGGGCUUAGUAUCUGUCAGAGCAAGAUGCUCUUUCAGUUAGCAGCUUGCAGAGGGCUGUUCCUUCCUUUAACCUCUCAUGGAUGAAAUGAAGAAUCAUCCUGUGUGGCCUUUCUACAGCACUUGAAUCAGGCCUGAGCAAUUUAAAUAAGGUGUUUGGAUUUUUUUUCAUCCUUUGUCUAUCAAGUUCCUACUGAUGGAGUGACACAUUUCACUUCUAACAGAGAAGUAUGUUUGCUGAUACAAAACAUCAGUUUAACAACAUUUCAUAGUUGAUGUGUUGUCGGUAGACUAGGAAUGAGAGGCUGGAGAGCAGCCCUGCAGAAAGGGAUGUGGGAAUCCUGGUUGAUGGCAAGAUGGGGUGCAUCAGGCACAGUAUCACAGCCAGGCAAGGGAAGGGAUUGUCCUGCUCUGCACUGGGGCAGCCUCACCUCGAGUGCUGGGGCAGUUCUGGGAGCCAGAAUGUAAAAAAGACAUUAAGCCAUUAGAGACCAUCCAAAGGAGAGCCACAAGGAUGUUGAAGGGUCUGGAGGGAAAGCCAUGUGAGGAGUGGCUGAGGUCACUUGGUCUGUUCAAGCUGGAGGAGGCUGAGAGGAGACCUCAUUGCAGUCUACAACUUCCUCACAAGGGGCAGGCAAUGAUCUCUUCAGUCUUGUGACCAGUGACAGGGCUCAAGGAAAUGGCAUGAAGCUGAGCCAGGGGAGGUUUAGGUUGGGUAUAAGGAAUUUUCACCCAGAUGGUGGUUGAGCACUAGAACAGGCUCCCCAGGGAAGUGAUCACAGCACCAAGCCUGACAGAGUUCCAGGAGUGUUUGGACAACACUCUCAAGCACAUGUUCUGAUUGUUGGGAUGUUCUGACAGAGGACUUGGACUGAAUGAUUGUGAUGGGUCUCUUCCAACUCAACAUGCUCUGUGAUUCCAUGAAGCUUUUGUACUGAGUCACUGGAAAACACCUUAAAACUAUUUAUGAUCACACAGAAAACACUAUGGGCCAAUGCCAGAAGAAAAGUUGCACAUAAAAUACAGAAGUUGGUUAUGUCCCAGAGCAAUAAGAUCAGCCACAUAUAUCUGUGGUCAAUGCCAAGGUUCUUCAGUCUGUUCUGCAGCCUCUGGGAAAUCUUGGUGAUGUUGAAACUCAGUGGUGAAGUUCUGCAUGACUGUUGAAGGAAAUAAAAAAAUAAGAAUUACAUUUUUCUUAGAGGCUUCACCAGGUUGUUCCUUACAUUAUUUUUAAUGUUGUUAAUUUGGGAAAAAUACUUUUGUUCAUUACUCAAUGCACGUUAGGAAUUUUUUUUUUUAACUUUUUUUGUUAAAGUGGGUACAAGCUUAAGUCAAUCUGUGAACUCCGAAUUGUCACAAGUUUAUAGGAUUUCGCUUAGUUCCAUUACUUAAAAGACUGUAUCAGAUGGAACCUUACAGUAGAGUAUUAUACUAAUAAUUUUCUUCAAACAGUUGAUGCAGGAAGUAAAAGGUAUCAACAACAGGGAAAUGGCAGAUUUAUUUAGUAAAUGCUUUAACAACACAAGCCAGUCUCUGAAAAUAAGGUCAGUGCCAAAUUGUCAGGAGAUGGGACUAUAUUUCCUUUCUAGCUUCAGUGGGUCUUAUGAGAAAGAUAGAGACCAUAAUUUGUAACUGUAGUAGCUGAUGUGAAGCAGGAAAAUCUGAGGAAGUGCAAUAAUUCACAUUCAGAUAGAAAUUGAAGAAAUCCUCAAAAAUUUCCAGGCUCUUCAGGCCUUUAGACUCAGAAAACAGUUUAAAUGACUGGUUUUAAGAAAUGAAAUUUUUUUUAAUGGGCUGUUCUGUAAAAGAAAAAAACAUUUCAGUAAAAGUUUAUUGAAACUGUUAUUGUGAAUAACAUCAGAAUUUUUGAAACCUCUAGAAACACUCUAAACACAGCAACUGUUUCAUUAUAUUUUGCACAACUAUUCAUACCCAUAUAGUAAAAUAAUUCCUUAAAAAGUUGAUAACCAAAUCCAGCAAUAGCAGUUGAGUAUUAUGAAGAUACUUCUGCAGCUCAGGCCACCUGAGUUACCACAUUCUGCAAUUAACAUUAUCCUUUCAUAACAGCUUCUGGUUUAAAGGAGAGUUGACUUAGAAAAGCAAAUCACAAGCAAAUCUGUUUGGGGAUUUUACUCUCCCGCCCUUUUUAAAGUAUUGGUUUGAGAAUAAUGAAAGUUACUGAUUAAAAAUGUGACGAAGAGAUUAAUGAAGCAUCAUUCAGAUAGCAGGCUUCAGUCAUGUCAGUCAGCUCACACACUUACUUGGGCAUACAAGGACUGUAAGGCAAGGCUGUGCCAGAAACAUCAGCAGUGGUUGUGACAUGGCUGCCAUGUGCAACUCCUCCAGUACUGAGGGAGUACAGUACACUUGUGCCUCAUGAAGUACUACAUGCAGCAGUAACUGGAACAUGCCCAGUUCUCCCCAGAUGUUCUAAAAGCUGUUCUCAUGGCUUCCAAACCCGUCCCCUUUUCCCCCUUCACCAGGUAUCCUGCACUCAGCUCAGUGCAGUGAACCAGGUAUAACCCAUCUCCUGCACACAACCCCACAGGUACAGCACCUCUCUCCCACACAGCCCUGCAGGUACAGCAGCCUGGUCUAGUUGAAGGUGUCCCUGCCCAUGGGAAAACAGUUGGAACUAGAUGAUUUUCAAGGUCUUCUUCCAAUCCAAACCAUUCUAUGAUUUUAUGAGUAAAUGUGACAAUAAUUUAACAAGAUAUGAUGGCAAGGUGUACUUAAUUGUUUACUGCAUAGAGGACAAGGUCAGACAAAACUGUCGGGGAGACCCUCUGCUGAGUCAUGAGGUUCAGAAAGGACCCCCUUAUUUUUUAAACUCCCUUCUUAAGGAGAAUUUAGGUGUCUGGAUCCAGACUUAAUCCCAGACUUGGCCAGCAGUUUACAUCUAAAGGAUAAUGUGCAUAGUCAAUCCUGUAUCUCAGCUAAGGUUUCAGUUUCGUAUGCUAUUAAGCACUUAAUGAGAAUUCCUUAGCAAGGAAUCUCUCAGCCUCAAGAAGUAAACCCUAAGAGGCAUCCCCAGCUGAGUGGAGAUCCUGGAGCACAGCAUACUGCCAUGCAGGAGAGGGUAACAGACCCUGGGCUGUCCACUAUCUAGACUAAGAUGAUUGAUUUUAUUUAUGAAAUAAAAAGUCAUAUUUCCAUACAAGCUGUAUGUUGGGUUUCCUUGUGCCCAACUGGCCCUAAGCUAUUGAGCAAGAUUUAUGGCCCUUAACUGUCGUGUUCUUAUCUGUCAGAGUCCAGCUUGAGCCAGAUACAGUCCUGACCACCACUGGUGGCUGGCUAUUGCUCAAGCAGACGUGGGAGGGGAGAGCACACUGUCACCCAAGGCACCAAACAGAAGAAGAUGAAGACCCUUCAGUCUGACCACAUUGCCCAACUCAAUGACUGCUAUUGGUCCUUGGCUGUGAGAUCUGCAGAACCCUGUUAACAUAUGAUGGACUAUUUGGCACCUACUCCACUUUCUAAUUAGGACUUACUUAUGUUGAAGGGAACUCUGACCUGUAUGCACAUGAGAUAUUCCAGAAUUAUUGAUCCUCAGCUGCACAGCUUGUUGCAGGCUAGUGGGUUAUCUCCAUUUAAAGCUAUACUGUGGCCUCCCUGUUGCUAGCUUACAGCUACUUCCCUCUUCUGUCUGUUGCUCAUAAUAAGAUUUGAAAUACAUUUUUUCAUGUUUUAAAAAAUUAAUAAGGCCUGCCUUACAACCAGUUUGAUCCCAUGCUGACAUAGAGAUAGUUUUCAAGUGCCAGUUUUCAAGCCAUUAGUUAAUGUUUUUUGUUAAGAUAAAUUGCACUGUAGAUGGCAAACCUAUUGUUCAGUUCUUGCUUUCUGAAGUCUGGACCAAUUUUUAAUAAGGCUUGGGUCACUCUUUUGGAACUGUGUCCAUCUGCCUGGUCUCACUGACUUAAGCCCAAAAGCAUUGAAUGUGGAAUGUCAUCCCAAUGAGUGUGUGCCCAGCCUGCAAAUGCAGCCUGCCCACAGACAGGCCUGCUGCAGUGGAACUGAAAGCAUUUGGUGUGUGUUCUUUCACUGCUUAAGUUCCCAGAACUAUCUGGUAUAUUUUAUGAACACAAGAUAGUUUUAGGAAUAUUUAAUCUUUAGGAAAGUUUCACAGUUGUACAGGAUAAUUCAUAUUUUUGUUUAUUUUCUUAAAUUUCCACAUUAUACAAGUAUGUUGUUUCUCAGGUAUUCAAAUAGCAUUCAUUAUCAAAGUGACAACUUCUUUUUGGAAGGAUACACAGUUUUUAUUAACUUUCUGAUAAAUCCAAUAGCUUGGCUAUGUGAUUAGAGAUUAAAAGCAGCCAUUCCCUUUCAAUAUCAAACCCACAAUUGUUUCAGAGAAAUAAUCUAUUUUGUGUUUGUAAUUUUUUCAGUUUGGUAUAUUUCCUGGAUUUGUAUUCAACAAAUCCUGCUUAGCUGGCUUAGGCAGUUAUGGAAACCCUUCUUAUUUAAAUAGAGAUCUUUUGAAUUAGACUUAGCGUCAAGAAAGAAAAAUAAAAUUUGAAUGCAGUUGAACUUCAGAGAGGGAAGUUAAUUCUCAGGAAAGGAAAAUUUAUUUCUUUGUUUCUGUGGAAGGAAGAUUUCAAAUAGGUUGUUAAUAUGUGUUUCCUUUCCCUCUAAAUUAUCUCUAGAAAUUCAGAAAGCUAAAUCAAGAAAGCAGCUUUUUUUUGCAUUUUGGGUUUGCUUUUGUGAAAGCACAAAAUUGUUUUCCAUUUUGUUUUGAAUAUAAUUUAGAUCUAAAUAAAAUAUAUGUGUUCAGUCAGAGAUAUAUCCUGUAGCAAAGCACUUGUAUAAAAACUACCUUGUAUAAAUGUUUAGUUAUAAUAACGGUACUAAUCUGUAGGACAUUUUUUAUGUCAGAGCAGCUAAUAAGCUGUCCAUUGUUUUCUCUUUUUUGCUUUAGGUGUAAUGUAGCAGCAGGAGUUUAAAAUGUAUGUGUUUUAUUGAGAACAGAGAAUUAAAAUUGCUUAAAUCAAGGACCACUAGUGGUACUCCUUACCUGUACUGAGGCUCUUUGGAGAUAACACAUGUUCUCAGGAAAGGUUACUGGUGUCAGACACAGGCUUGUAGCAAAUUAAUGCUUGGGACCCAUUUAAUAUGCACAAACAGGUAAGAUGAAGAUGUGUUCAGAGGAAGAGCUUAGCCACCUGACUUCAGGUGCUAAGGAAGUCAAGUUACUAUGCAUCGAGUCUAGAAGGCAGCCACAUGCCUUUCUUUGCGGCUCUACCCUGUCAGCUUGUCUCCUUGCACCUGUGUGUGCAUGUAACCUCCAUCAGUGGCCUGCAGUGGGUCAGUUAUUGGGGUGCUAGACCUGGGGAGGUGAAUUUGAAGUAAACCUUAUUUCAGGUCUAGCUGCUGAAAGAUUUAGUCCUUGUGGGGAAUUAGGGUAGAGAAUGAAUCCCCAAAUGAGUUCACUUUCAUCCCCACUCUUCCUUCUUGUCUCAUUACCCUUAUUAAAGCCACUCUACAGAGGAUUUAUCACAAGGUGCCUUAGGAAUAAAGAGCAUGUCUGAAAUAAGAACCAUAGGUGUCAUUAACACAAGAGAUUUCUUAUUUCUCUGCCCAUUUGGGUAGGGGGUGGUACUUGCUAAGGUCAGGCAGGGAUAGUCCCUCUAGGCAGUUCCUGGAUAUCUAAUCUGUUCAUGGACUGCCUUGUUGCUGUAAGAUGAGUAGUACAAUGGUAUUUGAAUUUCCUGGUGCCAUACAUUCUUUGCCUUCAUAUGCUGCUGCCAGAUGUCUAGGAACACCAGAGGACUACUCCUUUUGAUACGCUGACACUAAACCCAAGGACCAGAGGAACACUAGAUAGACAUAAAAGAGUGUUUCUUAUGGUCAUUGAUAAUUUUCUCUGAAAAGAGUGUUGAAAUUCAGAGUUGUAAAAGUGGUGUGUGCUUAUGCAUAUUGAGUGUGGUUGAAAGAUCAAAGCAACAAAGAUUUUUGUUUGGGUUUUUUUUAAAAUUUAUUUCUACAAGUGUAAAAGAAAAGACUAUUUCUCCUUAUCUCAUAUCUGGGAAAAUAUUGGAUGUGACAAUGUCAUGUAGAUGAAUGAGAACUUCACAACUGGGAGAAUUAAAACCUGGGAACUGAUUGUGUUAAAUACAUUGCUAAUUAGACUGUGAAAGAAGACAGGAGUUUAGCAAGAGUCAAAGUACUAUAGCAUUUAUCUAAUGAAGUUAAUUAGCAAUAAAUACCAAUUAAAUAAAGUUUUAGAAGGUACAUAAAACAGCAGAGUUCAAAUGUAUAUUGCCAGGAGAAUUUUCUGGGUGGAUAGUCCACAUUUGUCUGGAGAGAGUCUCUGGCUACUUAUUCUGAAACUGUGGUACUGUUGCAGGUGAAGGGUCAUCAGGCCAGGUGGAUGGUGGACCUGAGUCCCCUUGGCUUUUCUAGGUUCCAUUCUGGAUUUUACAUGUUGCUUUCUCAGAAUCAUCAUACAUUAAAUGUAGCCUUUAUUGGGAAGGGAGAGAGGAAGAAUUUUCUGAUGCAUCAGUGAGGGUUAUCUGUUUUAAACCCAUCUGGACUGGUGAGUCAAGUCCCUUGGGCAAGAAGCAGGAUGCCAGACACAAAAUUCAGAGCUAAGAAGACAUUGCCAAGUAAUGACCCUGAUAUUUAGGAGCUGUGUUUGGAAAUGAUAAAUAGCUGGAGAUGGCUUCUUGCAACCUCCAAGAUGACCUGGGGACAGCUCUCCUCAGAGGGAAGCACACUGCUUCCCACUCACAGCUCCAAGCCAUUAGCACAGGCUUGGAUAGGGAGCAGCUUGUAGCUGGUCAUACCUUUUUCAGACCUAUGUUCUUGUGAACUGUGAUGGUUGUUUGUCAGUCCUUAUCUAUGUUAUGUGAAUAUUUUUGAUGUCCUGUGAU